AAGUUACUAUAUUAAGACCACAAUUUACUGUAUUGAGGCCUCAAGUUCCUGGAUUGAGUCCAUGAGUUAAUAUAUUGAUGCCACAAUUUACUAGAGGCCAUAUGUUGCUAUUUUGAUGCCACAGGUUAUGAUAUUGAGGCCACCAUUUACUCUACUGAGGCCAUGGGUUACUAUAUUGACAUCACAAUUUACUGUACUGAUUAUUGAUUUACUAUACUGAGGCCACAAAUUAUUGAGGUCACAAAUUACUACAUUGAGGCCACAAGUUAACAUACUGAGGCCACGAGUUAUGAGAAACUUAACCAGGCGCCUGUACAGGUGGUGAUACAGCGCGUCUAAAUCAAUAGCCAUUUAAGGUGGAGCACAAAAUCCGCAUAAGAACUGCAUUAAUGAAAGUAUGACGCAGGGGGGAACAUGAGGGAGGCCGAAGGCCUGUCGUCAUUAGUUCUCUGUCAGCACAGCUGGGAGACCGGUUGGGCCGCCGUGGAGCUGAGAGAGAGACUUUAAUUCACAGAGAGACAAACCUGUCUGACAGGACCGCAGUACAAAAACCCGUCUUCUCCCUCCGUCAACGCACAGCUCGUCCACCGGCAAGAGGAUCAAACCUGGGCCCUCGUCCUGCUUCACCAUGUUCCAGCUCGUCCUCGGUGCGGUCGUGAUUGGGGUCGUUUAUGUCCUUCUGGUGGAAACUCUGUUUAAGAAGUCGCAAUGUAAAGGAAAGAGAGAGAUGUGCGGGAAAACGGUCAUAAUCACCGGUGGUAAUACAGGCAUUGGAAAAGCCACAGCCAUGGAGCUGGCAGGUCGAGGAGCAAGAGUGAUCUUGGCUUGCAGGAACCAGCAGAAAGCCGAGUCUGCCAUCAGUGAUAUUAAGAAGGUGACGGGGAGUACUGAUGUGGUGUACAUGCAGCUCGAUCUAAGCAGCCUCAAAUCUGUCCGUUCCUUCACUGAGACCUUCUUGAAAACUGAGUCUAGAUUGGAUCUUCUCAUUAACAAUGCAGGUCUUGUAGCAGAUGGUCGAACCGAAGACGGCUUCGGAAUAGAGUUUGGGGUCAACCACCUUGGGCAUUUCCUGCUAACCUGCCUCUUGCUGGACCGACUCAAAGAAAGCCCAGAAGCCCGCGUGAUCACGGUGUCUUCGAUGGCUCACCGCUGGGGCAAAAUCGACUUUGACGCUCUGGUGGCUAAUAAAGAUCUGGGCACCGGCAGAUACAGCUGGCAGUUCUUCCAGGCCUACUGCAACAGCAAGCUCUGUAACGUUCUCUUCACACAUGAGAUGGCCAAGAGGCUGAAAGGAACCAACGUUACCUGCUACAGCGUUCACCCAGGUAUCGUGAAAACUGAGCUCUCCCGUCAUGUGAGUCUAUGGCAGAAAGUGUUCAUUGAGCCGGUGGCCUGGCUGCUGUUCCUGGACCCAACCACCGGCGCCCAGACUACACUCCACUGCGCCUUACAGGAGGGCAUUGAGGCUCUUAGCGGGCGUUACUUCUCCUGCUGCGCUGUUCAGGAUGUGAGUGCCAAAGCUAAAGACGAUGCUGUGGCCAAGAAGCUGUGGGAAGUGAGUGAGAGAUUAAGCGGCCUCUCCUAAACCCACAAGAACUGUCUAUCUCACAGCCUAAGAGACUGAAACCAGCAGUCACUCAGAGUGUGAUGUGAUGUAAAAUAAAAAAUGUGUAAAAUAAAUAUUGGUGAGAUUCUGCAGAAUGUGAUGGAUGCAGGUGGUAGCAAAUACAACACUUUGUACUGUAUGUGGAGUUCCUUUUUAUAGACUGUAGUUAUUUUGAAAUAUUGUAAUAAAGUAUGCAUUUAAUGUGG